AUGUUCCCUGGUGAGAUUUUUUUUUUUUUUUUUUUUUUUUUCUCUUUUUUCUUGCAGGUACCAUUCCAAGUGCUGCCAGGAGAGAGUGUGGAGUAUUUGGGGAGUGCAAAUGAUGCUGUCAUAGCGAUAUCCAACUACAGACUGCACAUCAAGUUCAAAGACUCCGUCAUUAAUGUGCCUUUAAGGAUGAUUGAAGCUGUGGAGAGCCGUGACAUGUUCCAGCUACAAAUUAUUUGCAAAGACUCCAAAGUAGUGAGAUGCCACUUUUCUACAUUUAAGCAGUGCCAAGAGUGGUUGAAGAGGCUGAGCAGAGCUACUGUACGUCCCACCAAGCAAGAAGAUCUUUUUGCAUUUGCCUAUCAUGCAUGGUGCCAGGGGAUCUGCUCUGAUGAGGAAGAGCAUCAUGUCCACCUCUGUCGUCCAGGUGAUCAUGUGAAGGAUCGCUUCCAGAUGGAGUUGCUAAGGAUGGGCUUUGAUAUGCAGAAUGCCUGGAGAGUGUCUGAAAUCAACAACAACUACAAACUUUGUCCAAGUUACCCUCAAAAACUGCUUGUUCCUGUGUGGAUUACUGAUAAAGAGCUUGAGAAUGUGGCUUCAUUCAGAUCUUGGAAACGAAUUCCUGUUGUUGUGUACAGACAUACACGAACGGGUGCUGUAGUAGCUCGCUGUAGCCAACCAGAGAUCAGCUGGUGGGGAUGGCGCAAUGCUGACGAUGAGCAUCUAGUAACUUCCAUUGCAAAAGCCUGCGCACUUAACCCUGGAGGACGCACAGCUGCUGCCAGCCUAACUAACAAAGGCAUCAGUGAGGGGACAGAGAAUGCAGAUACUGAUUUUGAUUCUUCACUGACUACCUGCCCUGGCAUGGAAGGUAGCACACCACCGCAGAAACUCCUCAUUCUGGAUGCACGAUCCUACACUGCUGCUGUUGCAAACAGAGCUAAAGGUGGAGGUUGCGAAUGUGAAGAGUACUAUCCAAAUUGUGAAGUAGUAUUUAUGGGAAUGGCCAAUAUUCACUCUAUCCGGAAUAGCUUCCAGUAUCUGCGAGCUGUGUGUAACCAAGUGCCCGAUCCUGGAAACUGGCUGUCAGCACUGGAAAGCACCAAGUGGCUUCAGCACCUCUCUGUCAUGUUGAAAGCCGCCACUGUUGUGGCCAAUGCUGUGGAUCGGGAAGAACGGCCUGUGCUGGUUCACUGUUCAGAUGGCUGGGACCGAACGCCACAGAUUGUAUCUCUGGCGAAAAUCCUGCUGGAUCCAUAUUACCGGACCUUGGAAGGAUUCCAAGUGUUGGUGGAGACGGACUGGCUGGACUAUGGCCAUAAGUUUGGUGAUCGCUGUGGUCAUCAGGAGAAUGCUGAGGAUCAAAACGAACAGUGUCCAGUCUUUUUACAGUGGCUGGACUGUGUGCAUCAGUUACUUCACCAGUUCCCUUGUCUCUUUGAAUUCAACCAUGCCUUCCUGGUGAAGUUAGUACAACACACAUACUCCUGCCUUUAUGGAACGUUCCUUGCCAACAAUCCAUGUGAGCGAGAACAGCGCAACAUCUACAAGCGGACCUGCUCAGUGUGGUCCCUAUUGAGAACCGGCAACAAGAACUUUCACAACUUGCUGUAUAUGCCUGGUGGAGAGCUGGUUCUACAUCCGGUUUGUCACGUUCGGGCGCUUCAGCUAUGGACAGCGGUGUAUCUACCUGCAUCUUCACCAUGUACACCUAUUGAUGACGGCAUGGAGCUUUACCUUUCCCCAGCCUCUCAAGGCCCUGACUUUAAUUCCAGGUCCCUGGACAGAUUACCUAAAACCCGUUCAAUGGAGAAUCUUGCAACUGCAUGUGACAGCGGAGGAAUACUGACACGUACUUCAAGUGACCCAAACCUAAAUAAACAUCAAUCUAGCUUAGACUCUCAUUGCAGUAAUGAUAGUGAAGCAGGAAGUCAGGGUGUUCUGCAGCAGAAGGAUGGUGAAAGAAAGGAAGAAGCAGAUAAUAAUCUCCAUAAAGUCGACCAUGAUGAAGAAGACAACCGAGAAUGCAAAGAAAGUCAUGAGAAUAUUCAGCUGAAUGAAAAUGGAACUUCAUCAGAUACGGAAGCAAAGUCAGCUAACUCAGAAUGUGACAGUGAUAAUCCUGCACUAGAAAAUAAAACUGAAUUAUUGGAACAAAAUAUAAAUACGGUUACCGAUAGGGAUCAACACACAAGCCCCGACUUGACACAUCUUCCCUGUCAGAGCUCUGAGGGCAAUUUAACUACCAAUAACUCUUCAUGUAAAGAUAAUAGCAAGCCUGGGAAGCUAACAAAGGACAUAUAUAGGACUGACAAAAAAGCGAUCUGUCAAAUUCCAAGAAGUGACAUUUCUUUGUUGGCAUCAAAUUGGGACAGCUUACAAGGAAUGAUGAAGUCAGUACCCAUUGGUGAGACUGUGCUUCAUCAUCCUAUGUCAUAUGACUAUUCCACAAGGAGUCUCCAUAGCAAACAUGGAGAUGCUGCAAAGGUUUCCUAUCAUUUCCGUCCCUCUUUGCACUGUUCUGGCCCGUCAGUAAGAAGCUGUAGAGGGCCUGUAACAUGUCAUCCUAGGCCGUUUCAUACCGGGCGAUUCUUUCCUUUGGCUUGUCCUUCGCCCGCACCUCUCAUGUACCAAGAUGAUGAUGGUUUGCCUAUUCCGAAUGACGUAGUACAACAGCGGUUGCGGCAAAUGGAAGCUAGCUACAAACAAGAAGUUGAACUCCUCCGUAGGCAGGUGUGGGAACUGCAGUUACAGCUGGAAAUUCGACAGUAUUGUGCUCCGCCGCCUGAACCAGAGACUGACUACGAAGAUGACUUUACCUGUGUAAAAGAGUCAGAUGGUAGCGAUAUGGAUGACCUGUACUCUGAUAAAAGCGAGGACCGACUUUCAGAGGCCAGCUGGGAGCCCGUGGAUAAGAAAGAAACUGAGGUUACAAGAUGGGUACCUGAUCACAUGGCUUCACAUUGUUUCAACUGUGACUGUGAAUUUUGGUUGGCUAAGAGAAGACAUCACUGCAGGAACUGUGGAAAUGUUUUCUGCGCUGGCUGCUGUCACUUGAAGCUCCCAAUUCCUGACCAACAGCUCUAUGACCCAGUUUUGGUUUGCAAUACCUGCUAUGACCAUAUCCAAGUCACACGUGCUAGGGAGCUAAUGUCUCAGCAGCUGAAGAAGCCCUUAGCUGCAGCAUCAAGCUGA